AUGAAAAUCAGAGACCAAAUUCAAGAGAAUGACGUCUCUAUUUCCUUCUUACACGUCAUAACUUCUCACAAUCCGGCCGAUGCCGGCACAAGAGGUUUAACAGCUAAGCAAAUCUGUGACCAUGACUGGAUAAAGAGGUCCACGUUGGCUAGAAAGCGAUGCUACAAAAUGGCCGCUGCAUUUUCCUUUGAAUAUACAAACAAUAUCGAAACACAAGCUCAAGAAAAGUUAAUCGAUCUCUCCAGGUUUUCGAACCUAAACAAGGCACUAAGGACGGUGUCUAUUGUCGGAAAAGCUAUACGGCUUUGGGUAGCCGCGACUAACAGUAAUAGAGGAACGGUCAUAAACCUCAAAAGCGUCCCAGAAUAUGACACAUGCUCAGAAAUCUCUUCCAAAGAUUUCGAACUCUCAGAAGGGGUGAUCACGCAAGAGCAGAAACACGAUAGCGACAAAGAAGUAGCACAAAAUGCUAACGAAGAACUGCCUACAAGCAGUGCCAAAGAAGGCACAAAAAAGAUUGCGGUAGAAACGAGGCAAAGCUUUCCUCGAGCGUCAAAAAUACGCGCAUAUGACCUUUCCGCAAUAUGGAUAUCAUAUGUGACGACAUCUAUAUCAUCUUCAUUGAUAUUCCUUGCAAUAUCGCUGUCGGUACUGAUUAGCCCGACAAUGGCGAUCAAUAACUCUUCCAUCAUAUCUUGCUCAAAUGGCGUAAUUAGCGUGCCACCCAUCAAGGGCUGGUUUGAAUUAUGCAUCGAUAAUGAUUGUCAAUCCAUGAAUAACACAACACGCUAUAUCAAAUACUUACUACCGAUAUCUCCGACUGAAAAAGGAGCCAAUGUGCAAUUACGUACUCUCAGCGCAAACGGAGUACAAGAGCAACACUGGCUGUGUGACAGACCAAACUUACUGGGAAACCCCCACUGCUGGCCUGCUGGAGCAAUCGCUACUUCAGCAGUGUUAAUUUAUCUCAUAAUAGCGGCAUUCAUGUUUGCUACAUGGGUUGCCGUCAGAAUCACUAGAAAAAUGAAAUCUCACAGAAUUUUAAUACCAGGAAACCCAACUCCAGUUUGCAGUUUCGAACUGACACCACUCCCUAGUGCUGUGGUUGCAUUAUGUGCCCUAGUAUGCUUAGUAUCGCCCACAGGCGCAUGUCAGUACGGUUUCAUGCGUCACUCGGCUGACCUCUGUUCGAAAAUAACAGAAUUUUUCACUAGACCGACGAAGUCAACAAUAUAUCAAUCUAAACGCUGCGCUAAUGCGGGUUCAUGCAUUGAGAACAAAUGCGACAGGCUCAAGCAAAAUCCUGAGUUGAGUCGCAGUGCAAAAUAUCCAGGAUACUCCGGCUGUAUGAACAGUUGCGGAGGGAUGUUCUGUGGAUGCUUCCUACCUUUACCUAGCUGCUGGUUCUAUAAAAUCGCCCACAGACCAGUAUCUGACCGGAUCUUCGAAAUAACACAAUGUCCUCAUUGGACUACUACGGUGAAAUUAGACAUAGAAAUAACAAUCGCAAAUCUAACAAAAAAAGUUGAGCAAUCAUUUAUUCCGUAUAUGGCUACUAACAUUGACAACUUCAAUGUUACUGUGAUAUCAAUCCAAAGGCCAUUGUACCCUCUAGAGGACAAGCGCUUUGCCAUUUCGAAGGAUGAGGCAUAUAUGUUACCACCUAACUUCAAACUUCCGGUCGCAUGCAGCACACCAACUCAAGCACUGCAGGAAUUCAAUACUUGUUCCAACAGGGUUCAGUGCAGUUGUGGAAGUUCGCCUUAUAGUUGCCAUAUACUACCUCUGAAAACUCCUCACGCGAACAUCAUGAUUCGUGAAGGAAGCAUCGUUGCUACGUCCAACGAGGAGGAAAUGGUACUACGAAUCGAGUCAAAGAUGCUGCAAGAUAUGGUAGCUGAACUAACUAUUAACCAAGAAUGUGGCUUCAAGAUUUCGAAGCUCACAGGCUGCUAUGACUGUACGCUGGGAGCGCAUUUUACAGCCAUUUGCAAGUCAUUAGUGGAGGCUACAGUCACAGUUACUUGCCAGACUCAACAGUUUUUGGUCAAAUGUGGACCUUCAGAUGAAGAGAAUGAGAUUAUCCUUCACUUUAAUCAUCCUACAGUACACGAGCAAUGUAAUGCUCAUUGCUCUGAUAGGCCAACGAAAUUCCUUUUGAACGGUACACUACACUACCACCUCCUCAAUCCGCUGGACGUCUCACCAUCGGCGUUCGGGAUUGAUACUCACGGAGUUCCUCUUAAACAUCAAUGGUUUUCGGAUAUUACCAUACCGAAUAUAGAUCCCCUAUUGGAUGCCAUUACAGGGCACUGGAAACUAACUCUGGCCGCUAUUGGUACCGUAUCUGGUUUGCUAGCACUAACCUAUUUGGGAGGACCAAUGAUGCUCCUCUAUUUGGUUUUCAUCGAUUAA